AUGGCCGAGACGCCAAGGUCGUUCCUUUUCGCCCACUCGACCCUCGUACUGCGGGACGGAGGUCAGCCCCCUGUGCUGCGGACCACUGGAGUCGAAGAAAAGAAGCGGAAGAAGCGGCCCCACUGCAAGAGUCGUCACGGAUGUCUGCCAUGCAAGAGUCGGAGGGUGAAGUCACAGUGCGACGAACGAGUCCCUUGCUCUGGCUGCGUCAAGCGCAAGAUCCCAUGUCUGCAGGCAGCCCGUGAACACAAUGUGGUGCCAGGCUUGUCUGUCCCAAGGGCAGUCCUCGGGGCCGCACCAUCAGGAGUCCAUUUCAAUCUCUUGCACCUCGAGCUCUUCCACCACUGGGACAAGCAUACCCGGAUGACCCUUGCGUUCCUAGAAGUCUGGCCCGUCAUCACGCAGCGAGCUUUCCAUGAAGAAUUUAUCAUGUCUGCCAUACUGUGCAUAGCAGCAUCACAUCUCACCGUUCUCUGCCCACAGAACACCACAUACUUCCUCGCAUCAACGCAAUUGAUGGCCAAGACAACGGAGCUGUUUCGCAAGAAUCUGUCUUCGCAGCUCACUCUGAGUCAUUAUGUCAGCUUCCUUGAAACGGAGUUACCUGUUGGCUCCCUUUCGAGACUAGACCUCGCCCGGGAUCAGUUGUUUUUACUUGGCCCGGGUAUCCUCCAAGUGUGGUUCCAGGUCAUGCCAGUCUUCAUCGACCAGGGGAGUGUCUUUACCCAGAUCAUCUACCAAAAUCCACGACCCAGGAUCGAAGAAACCUUGUUGCAAAUUGGUGAGAACCCAGCACGUUUCGUCGAGCCGUUCAUGCAGAUCUGGGAUGAUCCCCGCUAUCAGACUACCGAUUUCCAUGCUGCUGAGCCUUCUCCUGGUGGCGGGUCUACAUCGUAUGCGUGGCGCCUUCUCCUUGGACUGGACAAAGAAAUGGCGGGUCAUCGGUGUCGACCAUGCACAGCACCGGUUUCGCACUCAAAACAUGAUGAAACGGGGAGGCUGGCUCGGGUCAGAGACACCGUCACAAGAAUUACCACAAACUACACCACGGGCGACAAUCGAGACAUCUCAUCGCAAUCGGUCCGGUCUCUGUUCGAGAGUGUCGUCCGCCGCAUGUCACCUCUCCUGUGCUGCGCAUCUCUCCUAUCGACCCCGGACAUCACUGUGCGAUCUGCUAUCACAUCACUCACGACGGACAUUGAGCAGUUGUUCUACGGAUUCCCUAUUCUCUGCUGCGGCCCCUUCGCCACGUUGAUGGUGAAUGGUGAUUCGCGGGCUCUGGUCUUUCUCCACCACUUCUAUCGAGCGACGCGGAUCUUGCUUCCGCCGGGAAAGUGUUGGUGGGCAUACAGGAGGAGCUGUGUCCUGGAAAAGCUUGUGCUACAGAAACUAGAGACUCGGGGACUCCAAGACCCUUUCACCGCAUAUUCCUUCGAGCUCUGA